AUUUUUUACAACCUUUUAGUUUUACAUUAGGCACAUUACAGGAAUUAACAUUUUUAUUUAAUUUUUGGCUCUUCUUCUGUUCAUUUAUUGAAACUUUGGUGAAAUAUUUGUUGUCUCACAUUGUUAGCGGUACGUUCAACUAAAAUGAGUGGAAAUCAAGAAAUAAAUAAUACAGUCAACAGAGCACAAGAAAUGCAACCAGGAUUUUGUUCGGCGACCUGUGUGAACCGCUCAAAAUUACAAGAAGAAAUUAAAAAACCCGAUCUUAAAACAUCAGACCUGUUUAUCACGUGUAAUCUGCCGAAGAGAUUCGAGCAUCCACACUGGUUCAAUGGUUAUGGCUGUCAAGUGAGUAAGGAGCAUCCGUUCUACAGAACUUCGGCAAGCGAAUACGGAUGGUAUCCACCAGGUAUACAUUCGGUGUCUUCUGUAUUUUUUCCCGCUGGUCAGAGGUUCACAAACCGUCUUGCUGCCGCCGGCAUGUACCGCAACUAUAGCCUCAACACCGGCAUGGAUCCCGCUUCGUAUCCUUGAGAAAGGUCUUCAAAUUAAAACGCUAUCCAAUAUUCAAAUCGAUUCGAUCAAUAAUCUGUGUACCGUUUUCUAUAAUUAUAUUUUGUUUUUAUAUAGGAGAUUAUUAAUUAAAUAAAACAAUGUUCGUUCGGUAUUGAUUUACCAAAAUGUUUAUUAACUAUUCGUACAAUACAGAUAGAUUAACAUGCAUUCAAAUUCCAUUAACAUAUUCGAUCCGGAUAACAUGCGGGUGCCACAACGGACAAUCGUUUUACCGAAAAUAAAUUUAUGAUUCGUAUUGCCGAAGCGUUUACGAGACUCUUGAUAUUUCCCCCGUCAAUAAAGUUUAUGAAGGUUGAAAAUCUCACAUCACGAAUUCUGUUGUGGGUCGUGGCACGCCAUGCUUAUAAAUUACCUCUAGAAGAUUAAGCCGAUAUAAGAGUCCAAGGGGAGUUCACGUUCCCUUUGUUUUGCUCACGAGCCGUCGCGUCGUGUACCAUGGAUUUACGUACGUGAACCUACCUGCCUUGGAUUUUUUAUCGUAAUACAUCCUUCAAAGAUUACCUCCGGGACGAAAUCGAGUAUUCAUAUAUUGUAUAACUUGUUACCAACAACAACAAUAGCGUUUAUAUUUUAUUCGAAUGUAUAAAUAUUUAACAAUCAACAAACUACGAACCGUCUAAGGUAUUCAACAUAAGUUUAAGGUAUUAUUAAUAAAUUAUAUGUGUUAGAUAUUGCUUGUCGCUGUAAGCGUAUAUAUAUUUAUAUAUGUAUGUAUAUAAAUUCAACUAAAAUUUGCUACGAAUCGAAGAGCGUUUCAAUUUAUUAUUUCAAUAUAUCGCGUAUUAUAGAUAUAUUAUAUAUAUACUUAAUAACAAAUGCCUACAUUCGUGGCUAACAACGCUACAUGACUUUGUGACGUAAACUAACUACAAGUGCAACACUAUAAAAAUAAGUCUUAGUUUAUUAAUACAUACGAAUAAUAUGUAUUGCGUCAAUGUAUCAAUAAUAU